CUCAAACUUAGAGUAGUAAGUAGAAACUAUAAAGUUCUGGGAUGAUUUCUGAACACCUUGGAGAGGGGUUUGCGGUGGCUGCCUUGAAUCCAGAAACAACCUGCCCUGCCUUGAAAAAAAAAAAUCUGCUUGGAAGGCGCUUAUUUGGGGGGCGCAAAGAAAGUGGAGAGUUGCGAGAGGAUCCCUUUCCGGCUUCUCUCUCGGGGGAUGGGCAUUUGGAGAGGCUCCCUGCUUCGUUGAUGUCGGCGCAUCUGCCGGCAGCUUGCAUUUGGAGAGGCUUCGUUGAUGUCGGCGCAGCUGCCGGCAGCUUGCAAGAAGCGCGGGGCUGCUUUGCGGCCGCGGCUCCUGCUAAGGGCUGCUGCCGGGUUGUUCCAGCUGCUCUGCGGCCAUUUGUCCCUUGCAGGGGCCAUGGCUUCUGCCGUACCGCCCAAUUUCUCCUGGGUGGCCCCCGGCAAGCUGGCGGGGCUGGCCAUGCCAAGGCUCCCAGCCCAUUAUCGGUACAUGUACGACUCUGGCAUCAGGCACCUGGUAUCACUCACAGAGCGCAGCCCGCCUUACCACGACACCUGCCCCGGCAUCCAGGUGCAUCGCGUCCGCAUUGCAGACUUCUGCCCGCCGUCGCCUGAGCAGAUCCAGCGUUUCUUGCAGGUGGUGGAGGAUGCCAAUGCCAAGGGAGAGGCAGUGGCGGUGCAUUGCAUGCUGGGAUUUGGCCGGACUGGGACCAUGUUGGCCUGUUACCUCGUGAAAACCCAGAAGAUCACCGGCGUGGACGCCAUCCACAAAAUCCGUGAGAUCCGGCCCGGCUCCAUCGAGACCUCUGACCAGGAGAAAGCCGUCAUCCAGUUCCACCACCGCAUCAAAUAGCCUUUCGCUUUUGGGGGAGGGGCAUGAAGCAAUCGCUUGGCUAUCACUGCCGUUCUCGUGGAGAGCAUUCCGGAAAGAGACUCUCUUUCUAGACUCUUCCCCCUUCAUCAUUGGGAGCGAACUUUCUGCCUGGCCAAAGAAGAGCUAAAAUAGUUGUUGGGGAGACCAGAUUUUGGGUUCCUUGGGAUGGAAUUAGGACUGGAAUUGAUAGCAGAUUCCUGACACAAGAUCAGGGGAGCAAGGUUACCUCUCCAGGAUUAUUCAGUAGAAUCUGUGAGACUGCACACAAAUGAAAUUUUCCUCCCAUGCUGGGAGAAAUGGUUGCCUUUGGGGGUUGGGUGCUGUUUUAGAACAGUAGAGGGUCCUUUUCUGUUUCCUUUGACGGCCCUCGCUUCAACCUGUUGACAUGCCAAUAUGUUAUUUGCUAUCCAAGAAUUAAAAGAGGACAAAGGGGACAGCC